AAACCCUACCCGCGGGCCCUCCGAUUGCUGUACACCCGCCCCUGACCUGCCCUCCGAUUGCUGUACACCCUCCCCGAGCAAGGCAGUCCAAACUAGGGUUUCGCUACUCCAUAUUUAUAAGCAACAUUUGCUGUAACGUGUAAUCUCUGUUUAUCUUCUCUCUGCGUCUAGGGUCUUCCUGUGUAUGAAUAAAUUCUUUUCAGAGCCUCGAAUGGACAAUCACGAAGGAUUCUCAACGGUGGAUCAGCCCAGACCAGGUUUUUGCUAUUUAUGAGCAAUAUUUCAAUUGCUGAUACAUGUUUCCCCUUUAUGUUAAUCAUGUCUCAUUUCAGACCCUCCAGCGGACAGUGCGGCAGGGCUUUCAAAGAUCGCGCAUCCCACUUCAGACCCUCCAGCGGACAGUGCGGCAGGGCUUUCAAAGAUCGCGCAUCCCACUUCAGAUCCGUUUUUUAAGCGAUUUGAAUACUACACCAUGUUGGCAAAAUGUAUUAUGAAGCCUGCAGUCAGUCCAUUCAAUUUUGGACGCGAUUUUCACUAAGGGUCAUCCGGAAACAGUCUCUCUGUGCUUUAGUAUAAGGGGAGCUAUUAUGUGUUGUAAAAAAUGAUGGUUUUAACCCCCAUGUCAUCAUGUCAGAUGAAGCAUCAAGAUGUGAAUUGAAGGAAAGCACCUAUUGUCCAAGUUUCACAGCAAAGCCGCCUAGAGAAUCUAUAUUAGCCACACCAGAAUUGACCAUCAUUCAUGCGGGUGAGAGUGAAGAUGAAUCUGAAAGUAGCAGUGAAGAUGAAUCUGAAAGUAGCAGUGACUGCAUCAACCUUAGUCUGAGCAUACCUUCUCCACCACCGUAUGAUGAUAUGGAAUAUUAUAAUCCUUCACCUUCCCCGCCUGUUUCACCUCGGAAGAUUCAGGAAGAAAUGGAAUUGAAGAUUAGGAUUGCUGAAGAGGAGCAUGGGGCUUGUCAUGUGAAAGAGGGUGGUCAGUUCCGUGAGAUACACUAUAGGGCUGCAAAAGAAGCUCUUGAAUGGUACAACUACAAGAAUUGUUUUGUAGAACGAUAAAUGCAACAUGCAGGGAACACAGUUCAAGUUACUCAAGAUGGUGGAGCUGGAUUUUGCUUUUUAUGGUGCAUUCAUUUUCUUUAUCACCAUGAAGGCAGUGGAUGAUAAAGAUCCUACUUGUUCUGCCGUCACCUUCUUUGCCAAGUAUUAUCAUAGACCUCAAGGUGUGUACCAUUCAAGCUGCGAUGAGGUUGAGGAAUGUUAUCCUAUAAGCUAAUUAACUGCUUCUAGGACAGGCAAAGGGACUUUGCUCUCUGCAUCAUUUAAUCUGUUAUCUAUAUACCCCAAUAAGGUUAUCUGGCUUCCUUUAUUUACUGGAUGCACUCAAAACAUCAUGAAUAUUUAAUUUGAUUUUGAGCCAUACUUACCUCUCUACCUAGUCCCCCACUGGGGGGAUAUUCUUAAGAGGGAGAUACGGAGUACAAGGAUUAAAAGACGACAGGGUGAUGAAUGAUGUGUUAUAUAUUGUAUUUGUGUUUGCUUGUACUUCUAUGAAGUGAAUCAUUGCAUUGUUGUUAUUUGUUUAUUUUUUUGCAGUUGAACUAAAUGACUAAUUGGAUUGGUA